AUGCUGCAGGCAGCAAGAAGAGAGCUUCCUGCUGCUUCAGCUCGCGUGCAGGAGCUGGCGGAGAAAGCGGAUGCUGCUGCUGCUGCUGCUGCUGCUGCUGCUGGUGAUGCUGAUGCUGAUGUUGGGAUCGAUGCUGAUGAGCUCGAUGCAAUAAUGAAGACGUUGCUGCCGAUGGAGCAGCAGCUGCUGCAGGCGCGGCUGGAGCUGCAGCGGGUGCAGCAGGCGUUUGCUGCUGCAGCAGCAGAAGCAGCAGCAGUUCGUGUUGAGGGGGGAAAGGUUGGCUUAGCUCGUUCUGUGCUGCAGUAUAUGCGGAGCCGUGCAUGGAUAAAGGAUGAUUACACUUCUGCUGCUUCUGCUGCUUCUUCUUCAGCAGCAGCAGCAGCAGCAGCAGCAGGGGAUGAGGAUAGUAUAGUUCACCCACUGGUGAUACAGCGGAGAAAGCAGGCGGUGCUGCGUGCGGAUGCUUUGCUGCACAACCUGCUGCAGAAGAAGUUGAGACUGAAGGAGACGUUGGUGCGGCUGACGAGAGAGAGAGCAGCAGCAGCAGCAGAUGAAGCUCUUGCUGAGCCAAGCUGUUCUCUCGUUUCCCCAAAGAAGCUCACCCACAAAGACACUAUAAUAAAUUUAUAA